AUCGCCAAAUCUUUGCCGUACACGUCUGGGAACUUGAGCCCCCUUUAAGCCUGGUUAUUCUCAAUAAAUGGCCCCCUAUUCAUUCUUAUUUAAAACUCAGUGGAGUUAAACACCUGUAAUGACUGUAAAUAAAUAACAGAUCAGAUUUCCCGUCGCAUCAUUAAAAAAACUAAGUGCAUGUAAGAUAAGCUAUAUAAGGAGGCCAAGAUAAGAGGGCUAUAUGCGUCAACCAUCGCUUGCAUUUCGGCUUAUAUAUUGCCAGCAGAGAGAAAACUCUUAGAUCUGUUUCUAUGCAGCAACAGAUUUUGCAGUGAGAGGGAAAACAUAUAUUUAGAAAAAUCAAGACAGGAAGUGUCUGUGGAGUAGUGGGAGAUGGCGGGCAAUGAAUGGAUUAAUGGGUACUUGGAAGCCAUUUUGGAUGGACGCACGAACGAUACCAGUAAUGAUGGUGGUCAGCUGGUUGAAGAAGAUGUUGAGUCUGGUUCAGUCUCGCAAGGUUUAACUUUUAAUCCUGCGAGGUAUUUUAUCGAUGAGGUUGUUAAUGGUACUGAUGAGAUCGAUCUUCAUCACUUCUGGGUCAAGGUCACCGCGACAAAAAACACAGAGGAGCGGAAUAGAAGGCUUGAAAAUCUGUGUUGGAGAAUAUGGCAUCUCAGCCGCACUACCAAGAAGGCGGACUGGGAACAGAAGAAGAGGACGCAGAAGCGGCGCAUGGAAAGGGAAAGGGGGAGGAGGGAUGUGGUAGAGGAUUUAUCAGAGGAUUUGUCCGAGGGGGAAAAGUUUGGGGUAGAUGGUAGCUGUCAUGGUGGGUCGGGGAUGAAGUUAUCUGAAAGCCAUUUUAAUUUGGAGCUACUGGGGGACCAGCAGCAGCAGCAGAAGGAGAAACGGUUGUACAUUGUGAUGAUCAGUUUGCAUGGGCUUGUGCGGGGUUGGAACAUGGAACUCGGUCGCGAUUCUGAUACAGGUGGACAGGUAAAAUAUGCUGUAGAGUUUGCGAAGGCACUGGCACAAAUGCCUGAGGUGUACAGAGUGGACCUGCUAACUCGUCAGAUCUGUUCACUUGAAGUUGAUUCUAGCUAUGGAGAGCCAACAGAAAUGUUAACUUCUGAGGUUGAUGAAGAAAUUGGAGAGGCUGGAGGUGCAUACAUUAUUAGAAUUCCUUGUGGAGACAAAGAAAAGUAUUAUGAGAAAGAAAAUUUGUGGCCAUACAUUCCAGAGUUUGUUGAUGGAGCAUUGGGGCACAUUCUUAACAUCUCUAAAGUGUUGGGGGACCUAAUUGGAGGAGGCAGCGCAGUCUGGCCUCAUGUUAUUCAUGGUCAUUAUGCAGAUGCAGGUUAUGCAGCCUGCCUUCUUUCAGGUGCUCUGAAUGUUCCCAUGGUUUUGACAGGGCAUUCCUUGGGUCGGAAUAAACUCGAACAGAUACUAAAACAAGGAAAACAAUCAAAGGAAGAGAUUAACAAAACUUACAAGAUCUAUCGCAGGAUCGACGCUGAAGAAUUGUGUCUUGACUCUGCUGAGCUCGUGGUUACCAGCACGAGGCAAGAAAUUGAAGAACAGUGGGGUCUUUAUGAUGGUUUUGAUUUGGAAUUGGACAGAAAGCUCAGAGCUCGUGCCAAGCGUGGUCAAAACUGCUAUGGUCUUUACAUGCCUCGAAUGGCGGUCAUACCUCCUGGAAUGGACUUUAGUAAUGUUAUUGUACAAGGUGACAGCACAGAGGAAGAUCUAGAGAAUGAUCCUGGUCAAUUGUCCGACUCCCCUUUGUGGGGUGAGACCCUGCGUUUCUUGAACAACACUUCAAAGCCAAUUAUAUUGGCUCUUGCUCGACCUGAUCCUAAAAAGAACAUAGCAACUUUAGUGAAGGCUUUUGGAGAGUGCAACAAGUUGAGGAAGCUAGCAAAUUUGAUGUUGAUCAUGGGCAACCGAGAUGAUAUUGAUCAAAUGCCUGCAGCAAGUGCCAAUUUGCUUACUACUGUUCUGAAGUUAAUUGACAAGUAUGAUCUAUAUGGCGAAGUGGCGUAUCCGAAGCAUCACAAACAAUCAGAUGUUGGUGACAUCUACAGAAUUGCUGCAAAAACAAAGGGUGUAUUCAUUAAUCCAGCUUUAGUGGAACCCUUUGGCUUGACUCUCAUUGAGGCAGCUGCCCAUGGAUUGCCCAUGGUAGCCACAAAGAAUGGAGGACCUGUUGAUAUUCAUCGGACACUACAAAAUGGCUUAUUGAUAGAUCCCCAUGAUGACAAGGCUAUUGCAUCUGCUCUAUACAGACUUGUAGCUGAUAAGAAUCUCUGGUCUGAAUGCAGACAAAAUGGCUUGAGGAACAUUAACCUCUAUUCCUGGCCUCAACAUUGCAAAAUAUAUUUUGUAAGAGUUUCACAAUGCAGGAUGAGACACCCACAGUGGCAGAGUGAUCCAGUUGAAAGUGCAGAAUCAGAAUCAGAGACUGAUUCGUUCAAGGAUGUACAAGAUAUAUCUCUCAGGCUUUCUCUGGAUCUAGAUAAUCGCUCUAGUUCAUUUAAUAGUUCAGAUAGACUUGGGCAAGAUGAUGGCAUUUCUGAUCAUAUUAGGAAAGCUAUAGAGAGAGCUAAGGGCAGACCAUCCAAUUCACAAGAAAGGAAUGAUGAGAAUGGGCGGGAAAAACAAAGUCUUGAUCAUAGUAAUAGCUUAAACUCAUCAGGAAAAUUGCUUCUAAGGAGAAGAAAGCAUCUAUUUGUGAUUGCAGUAGAUUGCUAUGAUUCCAAUGGAGAAUCUUGUGCGCAGAAACAAGUGAAUAUAAUACAGGAGAUAAUCAAUGCAAUUCGCUUUGUACAUACCUCUGCAUCCUUUGGAUUUGUUUUGUCGACUUCAAUGACAGUUACAGAAACACUUUCUUUGCUCCAGUUUGGUGCAAUCAAUCUGUCUACAUUUGAUGCCCUAAUUUGCAGCAGUGGAAGUGAGCUCUUCUAUGUAUCUGGUGAUAAUGUAGAUUCACCCAUAUUUCCAGAUCCGGACUAUGAUUCUCAUAUAGAUUAUCGCUGGGAGAAUGCAGCAGGGCUGAGAAAACAUAUGUUAAAAUUGAGUGGACCAAAGGAUUCUCCGUUCUUUGAGCAAGAUGCAUUAGCAUCUAAUUCUCAUUGUUUGGCCUAUAAAGUGAAGAACCUAUCCACUGCUCCCAAAGCAGAUGCUUUGAGGAAGGAACUGAGAAUGAGAGGUGCACGGUGCCAUGUCAUUUACUGUCAAAAUUGUUCCCGAUUGCGGAUCUUGCCUUUGCAUGCCUCCAGAUCUCAAGCUUUAAGGUACUUAUAUGUCAGAUGGGGUCUGGAUAUAGCUAACAUGUGUGUGUUAGUGGGGGAAAGAGGUGACACGGAUUAUGAAGAGCUGAUUCCAGGUAUGCACAAGACAAUAAUACUAAGAAAUGUUGUCAGUAGUGGAAGUGAGAAGAUGGGGAGGAGUCCCAACAGUUAUGGAAGAGAGGAUGUUGUUCCUCUACAAAGCCCAAAUAUAUUGACGGUUACUGUAAGUGAAGAUUAUGAAGGUUUGAAGAGCCAAGAGUUGAUAGCUUCCAUAAAAAGAUUGGUAUGACAGAAAAGAAGAAAUUCAUUGGAAAUAUAUGUAAUGAGUUAAUAACUUAGGAGGAAAAAUCUGCAACUUUAUAUCAGUCAAAGUAGCACAAUAAACCCACUAAAUUUGUAAAAACAGGGAAUCAUACAAUUUGGUGCAAGAAUUAGGGUAAUGAGUUCAUGCAUGGCAUGAGGUUGUUUGCAAUUGAAGUUUGAUGGAGUAGCUGGAUUGAGUGGUGGGGGGCAUUUCUAGCUGAUUUUAACAACUCCAUCCAUGUUUGAGGGUUCCUCCAUUGUAAAUGCAAAAAGCUCUGUAUGAACUCUUAGGCGUGGUUUUUACUUGCUUGGAAAAUAAGUCAUUUUUUCAUUUUGAAAAAUGGUAAUACUAGGAGUUUCUUUCUUCA